AUGAGGCAAGCUGUGGCUCACUGGCUGUUGAUACUUGCGAAUCUCCUCCGAGUAUCAGUGCAGGGUCCACACCAGCGCUUUCUGCUCAGGGAGCUGCUAAGGGAUUACAACCCCAUGGAAAGACCAGUGGCCAACGACUCGCAGGCUCUCACUGUUCAGUUCUCUUUCACUCUGAUGCAAGUCAUGGAUGUGGAUGAAAAGAACCAGAUCCUCACCACAAAUGCCUGGCUGCAGAUGCAGUGGUAUGACCACUACCUCCAGUGGAACCAGUCAGAGUAUCCAGGGGUCAAAAACCUCCGUUUUACCCCUGAGCAGGUUUGGACACCUGACAUACUGCUUUACAACAGUGCUCAUGAUAAGUUUGAUGCCACCUUUAAGACCAAUGUGCUGGUUAACUCCAGUGGCUUCUGUGAGUAUCUGCCUCCAGGAAUAUUUAUCAGCACAUGCAAUGUGGAUGUUAAAUGGUUUCCAUUUGACAUCCAGCGUUGUGAACUGAAGUUCGGCUCGUGGACUUUUGAUGGCUGGCUGCUGGAUAUUCAGAUGAAGGAGGCAGAUGUUUCAGGAUACAUGACCAAUGGGGAGUGGGAUCUGUUGGAGGUCCCUGGAGGUCGUCAUGAAGUUUUUUAUGAUUGCUGUGCAGAGCCCUACCCUGAUGUUACAUUUGUGGUGACAUUACGAAGAAGAACCUUGUACUAUGCACUCAAUCUCCUCAUCCCAUGCGUGCUCCUCUCCUCCAUGACCCUGCUGGUCUUCGUGCUGCCUGCCAACUCUGGAGAGAAAAUCAGCCUCGGCAUCACUGUUCUGCUUUCUCUGACGGUGUUCAUGCUGAUGGUUGCAGAGAUCAUGCCUGCCACUUCAGAUUCGGUACCGCUGAUUGGUCAGUACUUUGCCAGUACCAUGGUGAUUGUUGGGAUGUCGGUGGUAGCCACAGUCAUCGUCCUCCAGUUUCAUCACCACAGUCCCAUUGACGGACGUAUACCACGAUGGGUGAACUUGGUUCUGCUGCAGUGGGUCCCUUGGUUUCUCCGGAUGAAGCGUCCAGGUGAAGGAGCAGAGCCUCCACUUUCAAACAGCAAGCCAGAUUCUCACAGCAGGACCCUGUCCUCUCCUACCACCACUACAACCACUACCACCAUCCACACACCCACUCCACCCAUCCUCCCACAGGGCUUCAUCUCCUUCCAAGGCAGCCUGGCGCAGCUCAGUCACCCUCUGUCACACCAACUUUACCACAGGUCCAACCCCCAGGCUGUUAUCCUCCCAAACCUGGGCCUCAAUCCUCACCCUCAAGCCAACGGGCAUCUACCUUGCAUGAACUUUCAGACGUUUCAGACCGCUGCAGAACUGGAACCAGUCCAGAGGAGCAGAACUACCACUCAUGGGCGGAGUAACGGUGGACCUUGUGGAGGAGAUGGAGAAGAAGAAGUGCUGGGAGGACCAAUUGGAGAUAUACCCAUUCAACACCAUCCCCAAUCUUCAAAGUUUGGGGGCUCCCAAACUGAACCUCCAGUAUCCCCAGACCCUGACCCAUCAACCAACGCCUCUGGGCCAUGUGGCUUGGAAAUUGAGGGUGGGAGAUCAACGACCCUACAUUCCCACAGUGAAAUGAUUCAACCCGUUGCAGUGGACAACCAGCUGCAGGCUCUUCUGUUAGAGGUGCAGUUUUUAGUCGAACGUGUUCGUGAGCAGGACCGUCAGCUGAGUCUGGCAGAGCAGUGGCAGUUUGCUGCAGCCGUCAUCGAUCGCAUGUGUCUGGUUGGAUUCAGUGUGUUCAACAUCAUCUGCACUAUUGCCAUCCUCAUGGCUGCACCCAACUUUGGAAUAGCAGUGUCAAAAGACUUUUUAUGA